CGAGCAAAAACCAAUUUUAAACAAUGUCAAAUUCACACCUCUUUGCCGGAAAAUGUUGAAACAGAGGAAAACCACUUCAGCACCAAAUGCUUCUUCACAAAGCUCACCAAUUUCGCAGAGCGUAUUCAACAGCUUCAUCUCUGUGUUGGAGAACCAAUAUCAAACAAGCUCAGCUAGCUUCCCAAAUCUCCUACGCUCUCUUACAAAGACGCAACUGGGUACCACUCCUCCGAAACCUCAGUCUCUUCCCCAAACUGUCGCCUUCUCUCUUUCUCCAAAUCCUCCAUAAAACCCAGAACAACCCACAAGUCUCUUUGGAGUUCUUCAAUUGGGCCAAAGUAAAUUUGAGGUUUGAACCGGACCUCAAAUCCAACUGCCAAAUCAUCCGAGUCUCACUUGGGUCGGGCCUUGUUCGACCCGUGAAACCCAUCUUGGAUUCUCUAAUUCAAACUCAUCCUGUAUCAGAGCUUGUACAGUGCAUUACUCUAGCAUGUAAAGGUACAGAUUCUCAAUCCACUACGUUAAGUCUUGUUCUUGGAUGCUAUUCAAGAAAGGGUUUGUUUAGGGAAGGCUUGGAAGUAUUUAGGAAAAUGAAUGUUCUUGGUUGUGUUCCUUCAGUUGUUGCCUGCAAUGCUCUGCUUAAUGCUAUACAACGAGAAAAUGAGAUUAGAUUAGCGUGGUGUUUCUAUGGCCUUAUGAUCCGGAAUGGGGUUUUACCAGAUCGAUUUACAUGGUCACUGGUUGCUCAAAUUCUUUGUAAAGAUGGGAAAUUUGAAAGAAUUCUUAGACUUUUGGAUUUGAACAUUUAUAAUUCUAUGGUGUAUAAUCUUCUUGUUGAUGGUUAUAGCAAAAGUGGCAACUUUGAUGCUGCAUUUUCCCACUUAAACGAGAUGUGUGAUAGAAAAGUGGAUCCUGAUUUUAGUACUUAUAGCUCUAUUCUUGAUGGAGCAUGUAAACUUGGGAAUGUGGAAGUGGUUGAAAGGGUAACAAGUGUUAUGGUAGAGAAGAAAUUGCUUCCCAAUUGCCCUUUAUAUGAGUAUGAUUCAGUAGUUGAGAAGCUUUGUGACUUGGGCAAAACACAUGCCGCGGAAAUGUUCUUUAAGAAAGCAUGUCAUGAAAAAAUUGGACUCCAAGAUGGUACCUAUGGGCUCAUGUUGAAGGCAUUGACUAAUGAAGUGAGAACAAAAGAAGCAAUUUCGGUUUAUCGUCUGAUUUCUGAAAGGGGUAUUGUAGUGGAUGGCAGUAGUUAUCAUGCAUUUGCAGUUAUAAGUAGAGGGUGUAGUCCUUCUGCAUCGGAGCUGUCCAGUUUUAUAUCAUUUCUGUGUCGUAGGGGUAGAUGGAGAGAAGCAGAGUAUCUGUUGAAUGUUGUUCUAGACAAGGGGCUGCUACCGGAUUUGAUUUGCUGUUCCCCAUUAGUGGGGCGAUACUGCUCUGGAAGACAGAUUGAUUCAGCUAUUGCAUUGCAUAAUAAGAUGGAAAAAUUGAAUGGCAGCUUGGAUGUAACAACCUACAAUGUACUUCUCAGUGGGCUGUUUGCAGCAAGGAGGAUUGAAGAAGCAAUGAGAGUGUUUGAUUACAUGAGAAGACACAACUUGAUGAGCAGUGCAAGCUUCACAAUCAUGAUCCGUGGGCUCUGUGGUGUGAAGGAGUUGAGAAAGGCAAUGAAAAUUCAUGAUGAAAUGUUGAAGAUGAGGCUGAAACCUGAUGCAGCAACUUAUAAGCGUUUGAUAUCUGGGUUCCAAGUAACCUUAUCAAACUUAGAAACUAGAAAUGAGGGUGAUGAAGCAAAGUGAGUUUUGUUUUUGUAUUCCC